AAAAGCUCGUAAGAUUAUUGUGAUUAGUCUAUUGAAAUUUCAAUUUUCGUCCAAAGCAAACUAUCAGUAUUCCAAGUGCUGAAUCAAAAUAACGACUGACAGUCCAAUAUAGGCUAGAGAUACUCAUCACAAUUCACAAUAAUUCGUCUUGGGAAAUACAUUGUGUAUUGCAACGUGUGUGUUCCAUACUAAAAUGAGUCAUUUCACAUUAUAGACGACUAAAUUAUCAUUUUUUGUGGUUUCCAUUGGAAAAGUGACAAAUAUACAUGACUGAAUCAUUAGAAUAGUCUGCGAUAGAAAUUUGUGUUUGUAAACGAUUCAACAACUGCGACAAAAAUUGGUGACUCAUUCAACUAUAGAUGUGACUUGUGAAGAGAAAUGUGUGUUUGUUGAGGAUUGAGUGGCAUCAACGACAGAAAUUAGUGACUCAUCGACUGCUUAGUGAUUGGAGAUGUGUUGUUGGGGCGGUGGGGGCCGAGUGGAGGCCAGGGAGGCAUGACGAGUAGGGGCAGCGAGUGGAGGGGUGGCGCCGGGGGGCGAGUGCCCUUCACAUCCCUCGGCGCUUUAUUUCUGAUUAUUUUGUUGUUGGUGUGUUGCGGGGGUUGGCAAUGUGGGGUGUGCGGUGGUAAUGCAGGGGGCAUGCUAGUUUCGGGCAUGCAACUGUCAAGGACACCGUCGGAGGUGAUGCCUCUUUCAAGGACAUCGGCGAACAGUGCAUUGCGAACAAAAGUGUUGAGGUGGCCAAGGGGCGCAGGGGGGUUUGCGCCCAAGUCGAGUCUGCGACCGAGGGGGGCGAUCCCGUGCCAGCAUGUCGGUGACAACACUAACCAAGUGUCGGCGAGGGCGUUUUUGGCGGACACUGUCUUCGAAGGCAAGGCGCGCUCGAGGAGCCCCGUGCGAGACAAGGGCACCUACGCGGUCACGUUUGUCGUCCAACGCGUGCACAAAGACUCCUCGCGACCGGCGGGUCUGCGGCUCCGCCUCAGGAGUCAGGUCCGCCUCCAUUUCAAGGAGCGCACCUCCGCCUCCGGUGGGGAUUCCUCGCCGCAGGACGCGCCCUGCCUCCAGAGCUACAACUUCACGAUGAGGCCGGGCGAACUGCUGCGAACCAAUAUAAAGCGUGGCGGCAAGUACCUGGUGUUCGCCAAGGGUGUCGGACCGCACAACUUCUCUGUACUCGGCGAGCCUGUCUUCAGGAGUCGCAAGAACCUCAAAGCCGUCAAGGAGGUGCUCUGCGAUAAGUGUGUGAGGCCUGCCGGUGUGUGGGGUUUAGAAGACGUUAAAGUGAAAGUGGGUGAAAGACUGCGCCUAGUAUGCCGUUGCAAAGGGAACCCUCUGCCCGCCAUUCAGUGGUUCAAGGAUGGUUCGCGAGUCAACGCCACUAUAAACACUAGGAUAAAAUAUAAAAAGAAGCGUUCCUUACUAGUGAUUCCUCGGGUGUCACUAUCAGACUCUGGCAGGUACGAGUGCAAAGCUACCGACGUCAUCGGAAACAUCUACACUAGCAGUGCCACAGUCACCAUAACUACAGACAACACAACGACGCUGUGGCCUCUGAACGGAGCCCCCUGUCCGAUUGAGAGCUACUGCCUGAAUGGGGGCACCUGCACCUACUACGAGACUGUCGGUGAAUGGGUGUGCCAGUGCGCAGAAGGCUACAAGGGACCGCGCUGCGAAAGCAAGGACGUCUAUAACAAGAGCAAUACGAACCCUGAAGAGUGGAGCACCGACUCCACGGAACGUAUCAUUGGACUUCAGUACUGAACCAAACUGAUUGAUCUCUCCCAACCAAAGCAGAUUUGAGAAUCAACUCAUCUCACUGCAUCUCACACGCAUCUCACAUUCGCAAUCAAUCUUAUGGGCUUUCAAAUGCAACUUAAGGCUUUUUACUGUGCAAUAUCGAGAAGGUUAUUUGACCAAAGGAUCCUACUUCAAAGCAGUCUUCAGUUGCUUUCAACAGAUCUCUCAAUGAACUACUAUGAAUAAAUACUCAUCAAAUAUUACUGAUUGCUGAUGUUCCAAAAUAUAGAAGGCUGGGAAACUUCUACAAAAAUUUCAAACUGACUCAACUAUUCAACUAUCUUCAUGAACUUUGGUGUCAGAAAACUACUAUGAGUCAACUUGAAUAUUUCUUUCUCUGUGAUUGUGUAAAUGUUAGGAAUUUUAUAUGUGUGUUAUUUAAUGUAUAAAAAAAUUAUAUUUGUUCGGUUAUGUACCUUAGUAUGAUGUUGGAUGUAUAAAUUUACAUAAUAUUGUUGUAGAUUGAUUUCUGUCUCGCUCGUUGUGAUUAGAUAUAAAUAGAAUCAAGAUAAUUCAAUGUUGCAAGCUUGAAAAAUUGUAAUUGCAUAAAUAUUUAAAGCAGUUUCUGGAAAUGUAUCUUGUAUUCCGUCCUUACCAAUUUUCAUUUACAUAUAUAUCCAUACUACCUUACCUUAUCUUUGGUUUCCAAUCAUUCUAUUGGGUAUGGUAAGAAUAUAUAUUUCCAUUUUCCAUAAACCAUUGGAGAAAAUAAUCCUUCUGUUGACGGAACACCAUGAAUUAUAGAACUAUUACAGUAUUUUUUCACAAUUUAUACAUUUUUGAACCACUUUAUUCUUAAAUUCCAUUAUCAUCCCUUGUCUCCAGUUAUUUAUUUGGAUUGUUUCCAUUCUAAUGUUGAUAAUAUUGAACCUCUUGAAGAUCAAGUCAAUUCAUUAAUGAUCAGAAUCAAGAGUAUUUUGAUAACAUAAUGUCUAUAUAGUUUCUAUCGAGCAUAUUUUAAUUUAUUGUUGUAAAGCGUUUACUGAUACUAGUCUAUAUGCAAACUAUAUGUUUGCUUUGAAUUAACUAAUUUAUUUAGAUUGUAAAGUUAUUUAAUUUCGGAAUUCCACUGUAGACUAUUGUCUUUCUCCAAGGAGAAAAAAAUUAUCUACAAUAGUAGCCUAUUGAUGUAUCCACUAAUCUGAACACAAAGAUUUUAAAAACUUUCCUGGAUGUUGGUUACUCCUAAAACUCGACGAAUGUAAGGCCAGAUUCCAAUGUUAUCCUUGGGGAAAUUGUAAUAAGCUAAUUAUAUAUAUGAAUAAAUCAAUAGAUUUGAUUACGGUUUAUUAUAUUUCUAUAACUGAAGUUCAACUGCAGGCUAUUUAAAAUUUCAAGUUUUGUUUCAUAGUUAAAUCAAAUUGAAUUCAAAAUUCCAUCUUUUGUUAUUUCAUAAAAUAAUUCUUUAUUUUAUUAUUUCCUCAUUGAGCUUAUGCCAUCAAGUAUGUUUUACUGAUUAGUAAUAAAAUAACACUUUUUAACACUUUACCUUAGGCUAUAGCCACUACCACUAUUAUGUUAAAAUGGUAGAUUCUACAGUUUUUAUUUUUGAUUGAAAUAAUAAACUCAAAUCAUUAGACUAUAAUAUAACAGACCAAUUUUCAUAUAUGUAACAAGCUCAUUGCUACUAUAGCCUACAAAUAAACUGUGAACUGUACUGACUCAUAGAUACAUUCCAAAAUAUGAAUCUUAAAAGUUCGGAUUAGUUGGAACUUUAAUUCUCUUUGUAUAAGUUCAAUUAGUUUUGUACAGAAUUAGGUACUAUUGAUUGUAUGUAGUUGAUGAUUGUAUAGUUUUUAUAAGGUGUACAUACUAGAGAAAAUAGCUAGCAAGAAUGUUUAUCUAUGAUACAAUGAGAGGUUUUAUCCAGUGUAUUGAACUUAUAGCUUUUUAUAUUCUGAUAUUUUGUUAUACUACUGAUAUAUUUGUUUUAUACAGUGCUCAGCAUUUCUCAGUAACACCAAUAUGAAUUUUGAGCAUUAACUUUGGAUUCCUGGUUCCAAGAUGAUGAAGUAAAAUCAUUGAAUUCCCAAAUUGAAUUUUCUCUAAUCCCAGAAAAUUCCAGUCUCACAUUCUCUUCAUAUCCUACAGACAAAGCCAUUUAUGGAGAAGCCAAAGUUAUUCAUAUGUUUCCAAAUUCCAUUAAAUUUUCAUGAUUUAUGAGAAAAGUUAUAGAGGUAUUAUCAUAGAAUUUUUCAAAUUGAAUGAAUAGCAUUUUAAUAUUUUAUUUGGAGUACUAUAAAUGUACAGUAACAGGAGAUAUUUUCUGUAGGUCUAACUAAACAAUUGUUUGGAUAAGAGAAUUAGAUGAUGAUUAUACACUACUUGAAUAUAUCCUUUCGCUUUCAUUUUCAAACAAACUCUAAAGUUCUCCAAAGUGGGUUGACUUAUCCUAAUCUAUUCCUUUAAAAAUGAUAUAUACAUAUAAAUUUAUUGAAAAUGUUUUUUCAGUUGAAUAUUUCAACUAAACUACUAAUUUUCUCAUGCAAUUAUCCAGUUGAACAAUACAGAUUAAUUACUUUCAUUUUGAAACUCUCAAUCUGUGUACAGAAUUGAGCGCCAAGAACACGCCAAUUUCACUUUUCAACAGCUGAGUAUAUUCAUAUUUGUACAGCAACUAGAAGGUACAGAUAUAAUAAUCAUAGCAUCAGAUGAUGAAAAGUGAAAUGUGCGUGUUUGUGGCGCUCAAGUCUGUUCGCUCCUUUAUACGAACUCUCAGAUUCAAUGAUUAUCCAUUAUUGAUAACCAAGAUAAGCUGUGAUCUAAAUCAUGAUUCAAGUACUACAUUUCAGGGAGCUCCAAUGCCUCAAUUAUAAAUUUCUUCCUUUAACAAGUAAAAUAGUGGAUACUAUUGUUGAUUCCACCUAAAAUUACUCUCUGGAUAAAAUGUUAGAAGCUGUUUUCUUAUCUCAAUAUCAAGUGAUUAUAUUUCAGAAUUAAUUUAUGAAACCGUUUAUUUCAUAAACAAUCAAGUUGUUUUGAUCUUCAUAUUGUUGUGAUUCCUAAUUUGAAUACUUUCAAAGUGGAAAAGGGAUAAUAAACUUCCAUUCCAAGACCUAUUUAAACAAUAAUAAUUGAUUGAAGAAUGAUGAGUUCCCGGAGUACAUAGUCCUAUUCUGUCUUGAGCGAGUGAGAGUCAUUCUACGCUGUAGAUCUUGAGCCAUGAACAUUUUGUUGAGUCUAAUUAUUCUGAAUUGAAGAAUUUGUGAAAUUCUGCUGAAUUGAAUUGAUACAAUUUUUCAAUAAAUUAGUUAUUUUCUCUCUCCGCAAUAUAAAGUCAUACAGCCUCAACAAUGUUAAUGCUGUCAAGUACUAGUAUUCUCUAUGAUUUUAAUGAAAAUUAUAAGAUAAAUUAUUGAAAGUUGUUUCAAAUGCGGUAGUUAUAUUAUUUUUGUAACUAAGAAAAAAACUGGAUAAAGGAAUGUUGUGUCUACUGAAAGGUCAAUAUAUAAAAGCGCAUUAUUAAUGUAACGCACACAGUUUUGGAAAGGAAUUGAUAGCUUUAUUCUUCAAUAGAAAUAACGCUUAUUGAGAAACAUUUAGAAAAUGAUGUAAAAAUACAUAACUUGAAUAAUGCUUGUGUAUUCAGAUUUAUAGAGAAGUUAGUAAUACAUGUAUUCCGAUCAAUGUCAAUUCAAUUUAGAAGUAAUAUUUUCUGCUGCAAUGCCUUGCAGAGAUUUCUAACUCACGGCAGAAUACUUGAUAAUAAUGCAAUUUUUAGAUAAAUUCAAUGAAGGCCUACGUUUUCUUGUCCAUGUUUAUUGAAAACUAUAAUAUUAUAAAUUACAAAAUAAUUUGCAAUUUUGAAAUUUUUGGUUUUUACGAUUUUCUAUUAUCUGCUAUUGUAUUCUUCUCAUUAUUUUCAAUGUAGGAACUUUAUUCCUUGUUGAAAAUGAUUAGACUGGAAGUUUGGAGGUAGGCCUACCACCAUUGAAGAUUGAAAGUGAUAAGCUUGAAUUUUAUCGGCCUUUUACUCCAGGCACAAAUUAAUGAUAGAAUGAGAAGUGAUUGUUCCAUUUCUAUGCUUCAGUUUGUUACUGUAUCUGCUCUAGAGGUAUUCCACCGCGAGUUAUGAAUCAAAGCUGGUGUAAUGUGGCUUCUAAAGAAUUCUAGUAAUGUUAUGAAUUUGGUGCUAUUCAAAUUAUGAGUUUUCUAAUUGUGUAAGGUAACUGAAUUCAUUGUAACAAUAACUGAUACAUUUACUGUUUUAAAAAAUAUAAAAAUAAAAUUAUUAUUGCUUA